AUGGCAACAGCUUUUGUAGGAAGCAAAGCCAAUCGCUUUCUUGAUGCAAGCGAAGAGCCAAGUCAAACGCUCCUUCCAAUUACGGGAUACGAAAAAGAAAAUUUAGUAUCACUCGAAGAAGCGGUUCGACCAAUUUCAACUUUACUCUAUGAUCUUGAUACAAAGGUGUAUAUAGCAAAACGAAAUUCGCUGACACCAGCCGAUGGUUUGACUAGCGAUCAAUCGGCUGCUAUUCAUCUGUAUACGAUCGAAUGGGAAGAACCUCAUGAUAGUUUAUACACUCUUCUUAAUCGAACACUACGUACUGCAGAAAGAAAGACGCUGAAACCUUGGUUUUCUUAUCUAAAACUUUUUCUCACGGCUCUAUACAAGUUACCAUCGAUAAAGGGCCUUAUCUGGCGUGGAAUUCGAGGCAACGUCUACGAACAAUAUAACAUCGAUCAAGUAUGGUGGGGUGCCAGUUCAUGCACAGAAGCAAUGCAAGUCAUGGAACGAUUCGUCGGUCGUUCGGGCGUGCGAACUCUAUUCACUAUAGAGAGCCGUUCUGGUAAAGCAAUUGGGAUGCAUUCGUUUUACAGAAAUGAAAAUGAAAUUGUUCUUAUGCCUGGCACUUAUUUUCAUGUCGUGGACAAAUGGAGUCCAAAUGAAAACUUAUAUAUGAUUCAUUUACGUGAGGCAGAUCCACCAUAUCAAUUGAUUGCGCCGCCCUUUACAGCAAGUGAAUCUUGUCCCAGAAAUGACCAGUUAAAAAAUCGACCACGCUUAAUUAAUUUUUCUGGUAGAAAGCUGACCGAUGCAAAUAUUGAAAGCAUUGUAAAGGACAAAACGAUCCAAGCUUACUGUACACAAUUAAAUCUAUCAUCCAACAACUUGACAUGUUAUGGAUGUUGGGCGAUAGGCAAUGCAUUACGAACGAACACCACUCUGACUCAAUUGAAUCUUUCAGAAAAUCAAAUUUCACAAGACGGCGCGAAAUAUCUUGCCGAUGUAUUAUACGAAAAUACGGCACUUAUACAGCUGAAUCUAGGAUCAAAUCAAAUCAAAGACGGUGGUGUACAGUGUCUAGCUGAUGCAUUACAACAGAACACAACACUGAUCCAAUUGAAUCUCGAACAAAAUGGCAUCGCAGAUAAAGGCGCAUGUUAUUUGGCUCAUGCACUUAGGGCUAAAAAGAAACUUGCUAAGCUUCAUCUUGGAGCAAAUGAAAUUACGGAGAAAGGAAUGAGAUAUCUUGCUGAUGGAUUAAGAGUCAAUCGAACUCUUAUGCACUUGGAUCUUGGUUCGAAUAAGAUAACAGACAAAGCAGGACUAUAUUUAGGUGAUGCUUUACGUAAUAAUAGAACAUUGAUUCGGCUCGAUCUUAAUAGUAAUCAAAUCGCUGACAAAGGACUCAGAUAUAUUGUUGAUGGACUACGAACUAAUACAAAUCUGACACAACUCGAUCUUGCCUACAAUAGAAUUACAGAUGUUGGAGUGCAACAUCUCACGGAUAUAUUGGCAGCCACGAGAGUGCAAAGACUUACUCGACUAGGUCUUGGAGGAAAUGAAAUCACAGACAAUGGAGUACACCAUUUGAGUGAAGCUCUAUUGAUUAAUCGGAAACUUAUUCAACUAGACCUGGAAUCGAAUAAAAUUUCAGACAAGGGAGCUCAACGUUUGGCUGAUGCUUUAAGAGUGAACAAAACACUGACACAACUAAAUUUGGGAUCGAAUAAAAUUGGCAGUAAAGGAGCACACCAUAUAGCCAGUGCAUUACGAACUAACAAGAGUGUGACACGGUUAGAUCUGAGUGGUAAUCAAAUUAAUGAGAAUGGUAUACAACAUUUAGCUGAGGCGCUACACUGUAAUUUGUAUCUCAUUGAACUAAAUCUUUGGUCCAAUCCUAUAAUGGAUGAAGGUUUACAAUAUCUGGCUCAUGCAUUGACAAAUAAUCGAGCAAUUACUAGAUUAGGCCUUGAGCGGAGCGAGAUCACAGAACAAGGAGCACAAUACUUGGCUGCUGCACUACGCAGUAAUUCAAGUCUAACGCAACUCAGUCUAUGGGGUAAUCACAUAGGAAAUACGGGUGUACAUUAUUUAGCUGAAUCGUUGCUCGUGAAUAAAACACUCGCUCAGUUAGAUCUUGGAAAAAAUGAAAUUACAGAAGUCGGAGUCAAGCAACUUGCUUAUGUUUUAAGAAGUAACAGAACACUCACUCAUCUGGAGCUUGAAUGGAAUCAAAUAACACAAGAAGGAAUCGAAUAUUUGAUCGACGCUUUACAAUACAAUUCGACAUUUAAUCGUCUUAAUGUUUCGAACAAUCAAAUUACAGAAGAGGACCAGCAAUGUCUUAUUCAAGCAUUGAAAAAUAACAUAACACUGAAUCUCUCAAUAUAA